UAGCCUAUAGGCUAUACAGAAAUGUGAUGAAUGUGUGAUAGCACACGAGAGAAGUCACAUUAACACAUAAGUACACGAAAUGGUUUAUCGUUGGGCCACGGAGGACCUGUGCACAAUGAACGCUGGGGAGACGCUUUGAACUGCAGCUCCAUCGCCCCGUUUCUCCCUGCACGCUCUCCCGCGGCCAGCUCUGUGAGCGGCACAAUCUAGAGGGAGUGGGAAAGGAGAGAGGAGGAGAGAAAAAAAGAGGGAGGGUGGAAAGAUAGGAGGAGAAAGAAGCGACAGACUGACUACCUGCUCAAUCGAAAUACGGGCAAUCUACUAGCACGCGCGCCCACAAGCACACAAACUGACCAACAAGACAAUAAACACGAGCUAGUGGACGGGACUGGCAGAGUUUUUCCACGGGAUUAACACACAUUGAAAUAACCCAAACUAUCUAAUUUUGAAGAAAGUCGGAAACGAUGUAUCUGAACAGGGAAGCGGAGAACAGCAAAGGCUCAGUCUCUCUCAGUGUGUUCCUCGUGUCCCUGGCAGUGACUGUGUGCACCGUGUGGCUGGUCACCCUGUGCGGGGUCUGUGGCUGGUGCCAGAGGAAACUGGGGAAGCGGAAUAAGCCUGGGGUGGAGACGGCAAGCACUCCAGACCUGGCACGGGGCCGGGGCGAGAAGAAAGCCAUCAAUGGGGCAGUGUCUGCUCAAAAUGGGGCGUCGGCUGGGGAUGGGGGUGGGGCAGGGGGCGGGGCCGAGGGCGGAGCCGAGGGCGGGGUAGGGCCCUAUCAAAGCGACGGCGCGACCAACGUAGUAACGGGGAGCAGCAGGGCGGGAAGAUGGCAAACGGUCCAGAGCCACGUGCAGUCCGGAAGCCUGAAGCACAGCAAUUUUGGGGACCCCUCCCUGUCCUCCGCCUCCACCUCGGAGCACCUCCCCUCCUCUGGGCCCCCCAGGCCUCGAACCCUGCUCCGGCAGCAGAGCCUGCAGCAGCCCCUCUCCCACACGACGCCACCCCCCACCUCCCAGAGCCUGGGCCAGCUGCACCAGGGCCCCGCCUCCAGGGGAGCCCCCAGGGGGGUGCGGGGGGCCGGCCGGGGCGCCAGAGGUGGACACUUGCACACAGACCCUGGCAGCUGGGACCACAUGAUGGGUCAGAUCCGAAACCGCGGCCUCGACGUCAAAUCCUUCCUCGAGGGGAAGAUGGUGGUCCUGUCUCUGGCGAUCGGGCUGGCUGAGCAGGACGACUUCGCUGACCUCCCCGACCUGCAGGAGGUGCCAGAGAGCCAAGACACCUCCCCUGAUAAGAGGGCCGGGGGUAAUAAACCGGGGAACAGUCCCAAGGGCCAUCCGCCUGAUGCUGACGGGCACUCCUCCGUAUCCGACCUGGCGAACUCGCUCACCAGCGAGAUGGUUAUGCUGUCUCCAGGCUCUGAUGACGACGACCAGGAAGGCCCCAUCAGUGAGAAGUUGGGCCGCAUCCAGUUUAGCGUGGGCUACAACUUCCAUGAGUCCACCCUCACCGUGAAGAUCCUGAAGGGCCAGGACCUCCCCGCCAAAGACUUCUCUGGAACCUCCGACCCCUUUGUCAAGAUCUACCUGCUGCCAGACAAGAAGCACAAGUUGGAGACUAAAGUAAAGAGGAAGAACCUCAACCCGCACUGGAACGAGACGUUCCUGUUCGAAGGAUUCCCAUAUGAGAAGGUGGUUCAGCGCACGCUGUACCUGCAGGUUCUGGAUUACGACCGCUUCAGCCGUAACGACCCCAUCGGGGAGGUGUCCAUCCCGCUCAACAAGGUGGACCUGGCACACAUGCAGCCCUUCUGGAAGGAUCUCAAGCCCUGCAGCGAUGGCAGCGGGCGGCGUGGGGACCUGCUGGUGUCCCUCUGCUACAACCCUUCAGCCAACACCAUCACUGUGAACAUCAUCAAAGCACGCAACCUUAAAGCCAUGGACAUCGGCGGAACGUCAGACCCGUACGUGAAGCUGUGGCUGAUGCACAAAGACAAGCGGAUAGAGAAGAAGAAGACGGUGACGAUGAAGCGCUGCCUCAACCCCGUCUUCAACGAGUCCUUCCCCUUCGACGUCCCCGCCCACGUGCUGCGGGAGACCACCAUCAUCAUCACCGUCAUGGACAAGGACAGGCUGAGCCGCAACGACGUCAUCGGCAAGAUAUAUCUUUCCUGGAAGAGUGGUCCAGCAGAAGUGAAGCACUGGAAGGAUAUGAUAGGCCGCCCUCGCACCGCAGUGGCCCAGUGGCACGCCCUGAAAGCCUAAUAGCCCCACCAACCUGCCCCCAACGGCCCCUCGCCCCAUCCCUCUACACCGCCUCUCCCACACCUCCUGGCACUCCCCAUCCCCUCGACACUGAUCCACCCCCCCCCCCCACCCCCCCACCUCCCGGCACCCCCCUUAUGCACAAGACUGCCCUGCUGCCAGGCUGUGAAACACGGGUACAAUUAGCCAUUCACAGGGUUCUCUGUCUCUCAGUCCUCCUUUCUUAUUUUGCCCCUUUUUCUGUCUGCUUCUGCUUUCUGGGUCACCACCACUUCCCCUGUUCUUGUCUGCCUGCUCCUGCCUGCCAUGUUUUCUCCUUCUGGGGACCUGCCACAGUCUCACCUUGUGGGGACUGGCCAUGUUUUCUGCUUGUGGGAACCUGCCACAAUCUCUCCUUGUGGGGACCUGACGUGGCCUCUCCUUGUGGGGACCUGCCACAGUCUCUCCUAGUGGGGACCUGCCACGGUCUCUCCUUGUGCAGACCUGCCACAGUCUCUCCUAGUGGGGACCUGUCAUGGCCUCUCAUUGUUGGGACCUGCCAUGUUCUCCCUCGCAGCCUUCCCCUGGUCCUGAGCUGGGGGGCCCUGCCACAGUCGGUUCUGCCACGGGCCAUGCAGUAUUGACAGUCACUCCCUUCCCUCACCCAGACAUCCCAUCAGGCCAGAGAGAACCCCACAGCACAUUGACCUAGUCCUACUUAAUCUUAAAAUAAACAGGCAUGUCCCAUAGGAUGCUUUUUUAAAGGGGGUACGAGUGCUAAGGCCUUGGUUACCCUCAGCUUCGGGUGUGUUUAUGCGCGCCCUGGUCAGGUGUGUUGUGUCUCAAUCUGGGGUUUCUUCCCUGACCCCCCUCCCCCCACCCGACAUCAUCUCUCCUCCUCCCCUCCUUUAUUUUUGGAGUCCCCCUGCCUGCUAGGCCCACCUCAUGGCUUUUCUCCCUCUCCACCCUGCGCUCUCUUUCUCUCUGGCUCCACGUUCAGACAGAAUGUUCUGGAAACGCCCAGCGCCAGUGGUGACCGACCUGGAGAUGAAAACAACCGUAAACUGGGACUCAUUUUCUGGACUAAGAUCUGACGCUUUCACCCCUCUUUUUUUGGUUGUCCCUCUGUGUCUGGCACAAUAGUAGUGAAUUCUCCCCCUGGUCAGUAUCCCUCUCUUGUUGUUUGUGUGUGUUCUGUGGGUGCUGUGCUGUAACUCCAACAAAGUAGUGUUUUAAAAAGAAAAAAUAAGAAAAAAACAAAAAAGCAACCAAAUGGAAGGAUCUGGAACACAAGGAAAGGACAGACUUUGUCUUAGAUGGAUGGCUCCUCACCAGCGAUGGAAAUGAAGGCUCUGCGAUGGAGGAAAAGUGGGAAAAAGAGUGAUAAACGGGAAAGAUUAAUUGAUGUCAUUUCUUUCUUUUUUGAAAAGAAACUGAAGAAACCAAUCAAAAAGUUCUUCCAUAUAAGUGAAAAAAUGCCUGUUUUCUGAGUGACGUCAUGCGUGUGUGUGUGUUUGCGUGAGUGAAUGCUUGUAUAUGUGUAUAGUAUGAGUGUGUGUGCAUGUGCGUGUGUACAGAAUGUGUGUGUGUGUGUGCAUGUGUAUGUAUAGUAAAUAUGUGUGUCUGUGUGUGUGUGUAAGAGAAAGAGAGAGAGAGAGAGUGUGUGUGUAUAUGCAUGUGUGUGUACUGUGUAUGUGCAUACAUGUGUGUGUGGUUAUAGCAUAUUUGUGCAUAGUAUGUGUGCUUGUGUGCGCAAGUGUGUGUGUGUAUUUUGUGUGCGUAUAUGUGCAUGCGUGCGUGCAUGGUCGUGUGUCCGUGUGUGUGAGUGUGUGAGCGAGUGAGUGAGUGUGUAUGUAUGUGUGUGGGUGUGUGUGAUUGUGUGUGAGUGAAUGUGUGUGUGAAUGAGUGCAAGUGGGUGCGUGUGUAUAUGUGUGUGUAUUCAUGCUCACGUGUAUAGACCUGAUGGGCUCCUCUUGUCACUGUAGUGGGUAUAGCUUGGCUAGUUCACUAGUGAAGCACAGUAAAGGUCCUGUAAAGUGAUGGUUUCGUAGUCUGGCGACACAACCCUCAAAUUAAUAAAAAAAUAACAACGUUGCACUUGGCUGGGGGUCGAGUUCACCUUUUGCUGACUGGUACCGCGUUUGCCUAUGAAAUCUUCAGGAUGAGUGAGAGGCCUGGGUUCAAAUCCCACCUCGGACUCAGGCAAACUAACUCGGAACACCACCAAUCUGCAGUUCUCUCCUGAUCUGUCUGUUCUGAUGAGAGAAAAAACAGUUUUUAGGAAAUUCAUAGCAAAUUUUCAAAGGAGGAGUCUAGGGGUGGGAUCUAGAUGAGAUGGAGUGGUCUGGCAGGGGGCGGGAUCUGGAUGAGAUGGCGUGGUCUGGCAGGGAGCGGGAUCUGGAUGAGAUGGAGUGGUCUGGCAGGGGGCGGGAUCUGGAUGAGAUGGCGUGGUCUGGCAGGGAGCGGGAUCUGGAUGAGAUGGCGUGGUCUUGGGGGGUGUAGUCUGACUCUUUUGUGUAGGCUACACUGUUUCUGUCCUCUCCCACAGUGGCCAGCAUGCCUGCGCUGAAGGUCAACAGAAAGCCCAUCAGGCGCACGUGUAACGGUGAUGUCAUAAUGAGGACACUGGAAUCUGCAGUGCAGAUGUUCCAGAAGGAUGACAGUAAUGGCUGGAGGUAUCCUUAUCCGCAGGGCCCUGUGAGCUGUGCUGCCGUAAUGGUGGCAUCUCCAAUGUGCAGCUGUCGAGAUGGAUUUGCAUCCGCGCCGUUCGACUGCUGCUGUCCGGAUACCGUGGAACUGCUGAGCGCAAUUACUGCUCCAUCACCGCGGAUGCAACAGGGGAAAUCUUGGCUGCGCAGCAUUGCAUUAAUAGUGGGAAUCGCGGUUAGGAUGUGUAAUUGCGCUGUGUCGAAGGGCCGUUAUGACUGUACCGCCCGCAGUUGAUGAGGGUAGCGUGACUGGGGAAUUUGUGAGGGACCUUGUGGCGCCACCGCGUGCCGCCGUCCCAUUAAACCGUCAGAGCGCUCUUAUCGUACCCAAAAUAUGUCAUUUUGGGGGAAGCGGCUCUCGCUGAAUAUAGAAAGGGAGACAGCCACAAGGCUCUUGGCUGUUGCAGAGGGGGACUCCAAACUCGACAAGUAAUCAGGGUGAUGCACCCGUACUGACUGAGCCUGGAGUUGUUUGUCCCUAAUUUAUUCUGGAAGUUGACGCCAUCUGGACUGGCCAAAGCAUUAAUGACUUAUGGUAAUGUUUUUAUUGUUUCCCUCAUUCAGGUUACUUGAUUGCGUUGUGAUGAUGUUACCUGAAUAUUUACCAACAGUAUAUAAAGUGAGUUGAUCAGGUUAACUGUGGUGAAAAGGUCGUUGGCUGUUUAUGCUAGAAAAGGGUGUUAUUGUACCAAACUGACAUUUGUUACUUCAGUCUGCUGUUAUACUAUUCUACGAAUAGUCCUUCAUAAGAGCUAUAUAUCACCUUCAUAAGUACAACAUCUUCAUAUUGCAUUACAUUAUUACACAUUUCAUUACAGGCAUUUAGAAGAUGCUCUUAUCCAGAGCGACUUACACAACAUUAUCACUUAGCAUUUACAUUGCAUUCAUUUAUACAGCUGGAUAGAUACUGAAGCAAUGCGGGUUAAGUACCUUGUUCAAGGAUACAACGGCAGUGUCCUAUCCAAGAAUCGAACCAGCAACCUUUAGGUUACAAGCGCUUUUCCAUACCCAUUAUACUACACUGCAGCCCAUAGUAAUUCCUAUGAAGUACUUUGAAAGUGCUAUGUUCUGCUUAUAAAGGAGUUAUGAAGCUCUUCUUUUAAUAUAGGUGCCCAACAUGGGGUUGUACAUAUCUGGUUCCCAUCCAGAGUCGUUCAGUCAUCCCUACUGCCCCAUCGAGAGAGGAAGACACCCGUCGUUCUCCUCACUUUCCACACCACAGACCACAGCUAAGCUCACACAGAGUGGAGUCCGACAAAGACCUACCAUAUGCGGCUUUGGUAUGCAGGGCACAGGUGCCCGUUUAACCAGCAGGGGCUGCUAGUGAGCGAUGAAACGCGAGUCCAUGACUAGCUGAUCCCUCCCGUAGCCCGUAGAUAGCAUGUCUUGUUGCCCUUCAGUUACUUUUUCAAGAGCUUCUGUAUCUGUCUAAUAGUUUGCUACUGAGAACUAGAUGCAGCACUCUAAUUGUGGUCUGACAAUGGCAUUGUACUGUAUUGCAUAAUAUAUUCAUUAAGUAUCAGCUGUAUAUCUACUUUAGUACACUGUGUAGAUUUAGAUUUAGGCUGGUGUCCUUUUUAAAACUAAGCAUAUUCUAGAUUACAUUUAACUGCAUUAAAUGUAAAAGUUUUUACAUUUAAAUCUUAUUGCCUUUUUCUCCAAGGUGUUACACAACCUUGAUGAAGGGUAUUUUGUUUACUUGACAAAUUUAAAUAUUUUUCUGUGAAUAUUUUUCUCAAGGUCAUAUAUGAAGAUAAGAAAGAGAAGAGGUCCUAACAUUAAUCCCUGGGGGACACCUCUGAGACCACUCUGCUGAGAUGUGAUCCCUUUUAUUACUACUAUUUAUGUUCAGCAGAAUUCUUAAAAACAAAAAUAUAUACCAUAAAUGUGAUAUAUACCAUAAAUCUCAUGACGCCUUCAGCAAAGUUCUGGAGACGGAUCAUUUGUCAGGCAAGAUCCCCUCUGCAAAAACCCUGUUUCUAAUGACAGAUUCCAAAAUGAUCCAUCAAAAUGAAAGAUAAGCUAAGAGACUUGCAGUGUCCUGGAUCAGUUUGACCAACUUUCUUGUGUAUUGAUAUAGUACUUCUACAUUUUUUAAUCAUCUGGUGGUGCUCCAGUUUCUAGGAUUUACAUAAAAAUGACUGUAAACUGCCCAAGAUGGCCUAUUCUGCAGUCUAUGCCUUUGGGGCUUGUUCAUUUCUUUCUUCUCAUUCGUGACCCCCAUAUCUCAGGUUAUUCUGAAAACCUUUUCAUUUAGAGAAGUAUUGUAUUUAACUUUAUGUACGAUGUAUCACGUAUAAGCCCAGAUGAAGCUUUUAACGAAUUGAGUGUUGAGUUGCAUCCACAAUGCCAUUGUAACGCGGGCAUUUUAAUCCAGAAUAUGUGUAUUUUUUUAAAGAGAGGUCAAUGGAACAUUGCUACUCGGCUUCAGUGCGCUGUGAGUUAUUUUUCAGCUUUGCGCACCCAGCAGAGUCACGCGGCGGCUAAUGACGUCGCUGUGAAAUCUCUGUGAAGGUGUCGCCGUGGGUACACGCUCACCGCCCACUACGAGCCAAAUUCUGCUCGCGGGUUUUUCUGCGGUCCUGUCGUCACGCAGUCACGCCGUCGUUACCCGUGACUAAAAAGCUUCUUUAUUACGAAAAGGGCACGUCGCUUUUAAAAAAAAACGUUCCCCAGAAUAGACCUUGCUCUCGUCUCCAUUUUUAUUUUGUCCCUCCUCUGUUUUUUUCCCUCUGUUUCUUUCUCAUUUUGUAAAAUGAGCUGCCAUUUCAUUAAAUGUAGCAAUUCACUGUUUACAUUGGUACAGUGCGUGUUUAAAAAGUGUUUUUUUUUUCUCCUGUAGAAAUAGGAAUGUUUUUCCUGUUUUCAGUACCUUGUGUGCCCUUUCAUCACAAGGAGCACCCUAAUGAGUCAUCUUCCAUUGCGUUUCAUGAGAUUUGUGAAUAUACUGGGGGCAAUCUUUGACCUUUGCUCCAUUCAGAAUCUUUCGUCUUUUAUCUGUCUUUAGUCUGUGCUUGUGGACUUGGUAAAACCAAACAAAAAAGGGCAAGCAACCCAUUGUACACAUGAAAUACAUAUCCUGCAAAUACAUAUUUCAAAUGUGUGUCAUAAUACUGAACACUGCCCACCCCAUCUGCUUUGCUGCUCCAUGCCUUUUCCUCCACCCUUCUUAGUCUGACACUUUCCAUCUCACAUCACUCUCUCUCUUCCUCUUUCAGCAUCACUCUUUCUUUUUCCCCAUCUGUCUCUUUCCCUGUAUUCCAGAGGCCGCCUGUCAGUUUCAGGAAGCGCGAGGUGUAGGCGCGACGUUUGGGGAAAUUGUUGCCGUCCUUUUCUUGCUCAGAGCUUUACCUUUCAGAAUUUAGGCCGUAAACUUAGGGUCGGAUUAGUGCUUGUGUUUAGGGUUUAGAGCUAGGGUAUAUGGGUUUAGGGUUAGGGUAUAGGCCUAGUUUUGGAUUAAUCCAUUGUAAAACAACACUCAGGGGUCUGGUGAGAGAGAGGGGAUGAGAGGGUGAGAGAAAACGUGAGAGAGAGACCGUGUGUGUGUGUGUCUGUGUGUGGUGUGUGCAUGUGAUAUGUGUUUGUGCGUGAUGUGUGUGUGUUUGUGUGCGAGUGUGCGAUGUGUAUGUGUGCAUGUGUCUGUGUGGGUCUGUGUGUGUGUGGUGUAUGUGUGUGCGAGUGUGUGGUAUGUGUGUGUGUGUGCAUGUGUGCAUGUGUUUGUAUGAUGUGUGUAGGUGUGGUGUGUGUGUGUGUGUGUUCAUGUGGGAGUGUGGACCCACCCACCCAACUAGAUUCUGCCUCCCCUAAAUUGACCCUUUCCUUGUUUCAAACGCUUUGUGUCUAACUAACCUGACUCCUCCCAAUUGGGGUUCAAGAAAGAUUUAUUUAUUGUAUAAUAAUAAUAAUAAUAAUAAUAAUAAUAAUAAUAAUGAUAAUUGCAUUAUUAUUAGAGUAUAAGAGUAAUAAUAAUUUUAAGUUUACAUGUGAAUGUUGGUUUAUGUGAAUGUGUGUGCUUGGUGUUUGUUUCUCUGCAGCACAGAUGGACCUUGUUCUGUUCCAACUGAAACUUUAUUCUGUACAUAUUAUUGGGGGGGGUGUGGGAGGGGGGUUGGGGAAUUAAUAUUUAUUGUACAUACUGAGUUUUGAUUUGUCGCUUUAAAUGACAAAGACAAUAACAAGGAUGCUGAGGACGCUGGUGGUGCCCAUGGUAACGUGCCCUACCUGAAAGAGGGUCUUUGUUAAAUGUAUUUUUGUUGGUGAUGGUACGGGAGUUUGGAAGAGGGGACAGUUUUGGGAGAAGCGGGGAUUUGCCUGCACCCACUCGUUCAGCACUGUCCCACACAGAAACAGAAUAUACUGCAAUAUAUAUUUUAAAUGAAAUAUAUUAGAUUAGAAAACAUAUUGCAAAAUUUCACAAUAUAUGGGCAAGUAUACAAAAUAUAUCUGCCUUUAUAUAUUUGAAUACAGAUAUACAAUACAUUGCUGUGGAUAUAUAUUUGUCAUGAUAUUUUGCAAAAGGUCUGCAUAUUGCCACCAUAUAGUUUAUUAUUGUACAAUGUAUUGCAGUAUGUCCUAUUUCUGUAAGGGGUGGGUCCAACUAUAAUGAAAUUCAAGGCGGAGCUAACUUAGAUUGAACUUUGACCCUGUACAAACAAUAUGGCAUCUUUGAGAAACCAACAGAUGGGAUUAACAAAUCAGUAACUAUGAGACAGCAUUAGUGCUAAAUAGAGAUAAACCCGUACGGAAUUCUACGGGAUCGCCCGGCAACGGGCGGUGCUGGCUCCGGUUACGUGGGCGGGGCUCCAGUGCUGCAGGGUUGAGUGGGUGGGGUUGUCUCCUGGUCUCCCCUGCCAUAACCUGUCUCUGAGGGCUGGGCACUCAGUCCUGAUCUCUGGGCGCAAGUGCCCACGGCAUGCUGGCUGAGAGGACUCCGAUACCAUCCCACGCAAAGGGUCUGGCCCUUAACUGACACAAUAAACUGAAGCCUUUUCUCAGA